GCCAGUCUGGUGUUAAAAUGCCACGGGGCUGCCAGGCUCCUCCCCCUGGCCAGAUGGAUCCCUCUGCCCCGAAGUCCCUCGCGGAAACCGCCGGCAAAGACAAAUGGUGUCCAGGAGAAAGAUGCCUUGUUCCUUCUCCAGAUAAUGGAAAACUUUGUGAAGCAUGCAUAAAAUCUAUUACUGUGGAUGAACAUGGCAAGUCAUUUGCAGUUGUCUUAUAUUCAGAUUCUCUAGAAAGGAAAGUACCUCUUAAGAGACUUCAAGAAGUAAAAGCUGCUAAAGAUGGCUCUAAGAGUUUUAUAUUUGAUGAUGAAGAUUUGGAAAAACCUUAUUUCCCAGAUCGAAAAUUUCCAUCAUCUGCUGUUGCUUUUAAAUUAUCUGAAAAUGGAGACUGCAUUCCUUAUACUAUCAAUAGAUAUCUGAGAGACUAUCAGAGAGAAGGGGCCCAGUUUCUCUAUGGACACUACAUCCAAGGGAGAGGGUGUAUUCUCGGCGAUGACAUGGGACUUGGAAAAACAAUACAGGUUAUUUCAUUCCUUGCUGCAGUUUUGCAUAAAAAGGGAACUCGUGAGGAUAUUGAAAAUAACAUGCCAGAGUUUUUACAAAGAAGUAUGAAAAAGGAAACUCCUUCUUGUACAGCAAAAAAGAUGUUCUUAAUCGUUGCUCCUCUUUCUGUCCUGUAUAACUGGAGGGAUGAAUUGGACACCUGGGGAUAUUUCAGAGUCACUGUCUUACAUGGUAACAAAAAAGACAAUGAACUGAUUCGUGUAAAGCAGAGGAAAUGUGAAAUUGCUCUCACAACUUACGAAACACUGCGCUUCUGUCUGGAUGAACUUAACAGUUUGGAAUGGUCAGCUGUCAUUGUGGAUGAAGCUCAUAGGAUCAAGAAUCCAAAGACUAGAGUAACGGAAGUUAUGAAAGCUUUAAAAUGUCAUGUCCGCAUAGGCCUCACUGGAACGAUUCUUCAAAACAACAUGAAGGAACUGUGGUGUGUUAUGGACUGGGCUGUGCCAGGUCUUUUAGGUAGCCAUGUCCACUUCAAGAAGCAGUUUUCUGACCUGGUAGAACAUGGUCAGAGACACACAGCAACAAAAAGAGAGCUAGCUACUGGUCGAAAGGCCAUGUGCAGACUGGCAAAGAAGAUGUCUGGCUGGUUUCUCAGGCGAACCAAAACUCUCAUCCAGGAUCAACUGCCUAAGAAGGAAGACCGGAUGGUAUAUUGUUCUCUGACAGAAUUUCAGAAAGCUGUCUAUCAAACAGUGUUAGAAACAGAAGAUAUGACUUUGAUACUCCAGUCUUCAAAGCCUUGUACCUGCAACAGUGGCCGAAAAAGGAGAAAUUGUUGUUUUAAGACCAAUUCACAAGGUGAAACAGUAAAAACCCUGUAUUUCAGUUACCUAGCCAUCCUUCAGAAAGUAGCAAACCAUGUUGCUCUACUUCAGGCUGCAGGCACCUCUGAGCAGCAGAAAAUGCUUAUCAACAGACUAUGUGAUCAGGUAUUUGCCAGAUUCCCAGAUUUUGUUCAGAAAAGCAAAGAUGCAGCCUUUGAGACGAUUUCUGACCCAAAAUACAGUGGAAAGAUGAAGGUCCUUCAGCAGCUUUUAAAUCAUUGCAGAAAAAAUAAAGAUAAAGUCCUUCUUUUUUCCUUUUCCACCAAGUUGCUUGAUGUACUGCAGCAAUACUGUAUGGCAGCUGGGCUGGAUUUUCGACGACUUGACGGAAGUACAAAAUCAGAGGAAAGAAUCAGGAUUGUGAAAGACUUCAAUAGUACACAAGAUGUUAACAUAUGCCUCGUCUCCACAAUGGCUGGUGGACUAGGCCUCAAUUUUGUUGGUGCCAAUGUUGUUGUAUUAUUUGACCCUACUUGGAAUCCAGCCAAUGAUCUUCAAGCCAUUGACAGAGCCUAUAGGAUUGGGCAAUGCAGGGAUGUCAAAGUAUUUAGGUUGAUAUCCUUGGGAACUGUGGAGGAGAUCAUGUAUUUACGGCAGGUAUACAAGCAGCAACUGCACUGCGUGGUGGUUGGAAGUGAAAAUGCCAAGCGAUAUUUUGAAGCAGUUCAAGGAUCAAAAGAGCACCGGGGGGAGCUUUUUGGGAUACAUAACCUCUUCAAACUAAGGACCCAAGGGUCUUGCCUUACGAGGGACAUCCUGGAGGUGUGAAAUUAUUCUCUGACCUUUUUGAUAAUAUUUUAAACAUGGUUUUCUCCCUCAGGAACUUUAAAAUAUAAUUGCUGGUGUCUUUUCAGUGAAA